AGAGAGAGACAGGGAGAGAAAGAAGGAAGUCAGAUCACAAUGCCGUUGCACCUUCUUACUCACACUUAUUCUCACUCUCUCUUUCUGAGGGCUGAGAGAGGAGUCUAUGACAGAGAAGAGUUUAUGCUUCUGCCUUCAAACAUCUGGCAAGAAUGAAGAAGUUCAUCAGAGAAGCUCUUGAGGACUUCUUCUUUGAGUAUGAGACCCCCCGGGAAGUGCUGGUGAGAAACCCAAAAGUGGGGAUCGCUUGCAGAAUCCUCCAGUUGGGAGUGCUGGCUUAUAUUAUCGGAUGGGUGUUCAUCUAUGAGAAAGGCUACCAGAUUGAAGACACAGCUAUAAGCUCAGUUUUCACUAAGAUGAAAGGAAUAGCUUACACUGAACAUAAUGGAACAGAGAAGCUUUGGGAUGUAGCCGAUUAUGUGUUCCCUGAUCAGAGCGGCUCAUCUUUUGUCGUAAUGACAAAUUUCAUCAUGACUGUGGGACAAUCACAAGGCAAAUGCGCAGAGCUGCCGGACGGAACUAACAACUGCACUACGGAUUCAGAUUGCAAGAAGGGCCAAUAUAAACGUAGAGGAAAUGAGCGCUACAGGACAGACGCGACCAUUCAGCUGUUUGAAGAUGAAGUAGGCAAUGAGAGAGGGCGCAUGACAGGGAAGUGCUUGAACCAAACCACCUGUGAGAUCAUAAGCUGGUGUCCUGUACAAAAUGACCACGUGUUACCAGAUCCUCCACUUUUGGCAGCAGCUGAGAAUUUUACACUAUUCAUCAAAAACUCCAUCUCCUUUCCUGAUUUUGGAGUAGUGAGAAGUAAUCUCGUGGAAAAGGUGGAUUCAAAGUACCUCGAAACCUGCCUGUUUAACCCGGAUAAGUAUCCACUAUGUCCCAUCUUCAAACUCCGAGACAUCGUUAACCUCUCUGGCUUCAAGUUCUCAGAGAUAGCUCAAGUGGGUGGAUCAAUAGGGAUUCUCAUUGAAUGGGAGUGUGAUCUGGACUAUCGUAUUGAAAAAUGCAUACCCCAGUACAGAUUUGAAGGCCUCUAUGGAAACAGUUCAGCAGCGUCAAAGGGCUACAAUUUCAGAACGGCAAAAUAUUACACAGAGGACGGCAUAGAGAAGAGAACACUCAUGAAGAUAUUUGGCUUGCACAUUGAGAUCAUCGUACAUGGACGGGCAAGAAAAUUUGACAUCAUCCCAACACUGACAGCCAUAGGGUCAGGAGUGGGAAUCUUCGGAGUGGCCACCGUUGUGUGUGAUGUAUUUCUUCUGCAUUUCGUGCCAAAGAAGGAUUUCUACAAAUCUCUGAAGUUCAAAUCCACACCACUGAAAGAAGAGGAAAUGGACUCGACGGACACGGACCAAGCAAUGGAGGUAACACAAGACAAAUAAAGUGAGGGAUUUGACACCAGCCUGUCUGCACUGAAAGACAAGAAAAUACACAUAUUACACAGAGCUUACAGCACUGGACCAGGAGGAACGUCUGAUCUGCCUGAGAGACCUGCUAAUGAACUCACACACACACACCCCUCAAAAACAUCAAUCCUCUUGCCCUCAGCUCUGAAGACCAUCACGUGCAAAGAAACUGACUAUAAAAUUUAAUACACGGUGUCCGAAAAGUCAUAAUAAUAACAACAAAUGUGCAAGUAUGUCAAUCCACAAAGCUCAAUUCAAUUUUUUUCUUAAAUUAUUAUUUCACUAUGUAAAGCGUCCUUGGGUUCCCUGAAACUCAUUAUUAUUAUUAUUAUUAUUAUUAAUAAUAAUACCUAAAACUUAUAGGUGGACAUGUGGAGCACAUGUUGUAAAUAAUAAAUACAAAAUUAAGUACAUGUAGAUUUACUGUCAUUGGCUCUUGAUUUUUCAGACACCCUGUAGUACACACUACACAAUGUUCAGCCCCAAUUUUUGUCAGUGAAACGCCUUUUUUUUUUCUAUUUUUAGGUCAGAAAGGUAAUUUCUCUUUUAUGGAUUUCUUUUAAUUAACUAUACUACAAGCAAACUUUUUUUUUUUAAACACAUUUUACAUUCACUCACUUUCAUGAACAGCUUUACCCAGGUCAGCGUAUUGAGUGAAUCCGGAGCCUAUCCUCGUGACACUCAGCACAAGGGCCGAACCAUAUCAAACAUUACGCAUACAGUGUUUCUUUUGAAUCUAUUUUACUUGCAGUAUAGAUGAAAUAAAAUGUUAAAUGUA